GAGACAAUGGCACAACAAGAAGUCCGGUCAGAUCAAGAGAAAUUCUCCUGUUUCAUCUGUUCAGAACUACUGAAGGAACCGGUUAUUAUUCCCUGUGGACACAACUUCUGCCAGAGCUGUAUUAGAAAACACUGGGAUAAUGAGAGAAAGACUAAACAGCAGUAUGUAAGCUGUCCAAUAUGUUGGAAAACCUUCCCCAAAAAAACUCCUUGGACAAAGAACAUGUUGCUGGCAGAUUUAGUGAAAGAUUUAAAGAAGACUAAGGCUGUGGCCAGUGGCAUGGGCACAAAACGAAGAAUUUUCCAAAACAAACAAUCUUCCAAACCUCCUGUAGCAGAUUUCCGUGACCAACCACCAGAGAAGCAAAGGCUCCUAGACUCAUGCGGGACCCAACAGGAUAAUAUGUGUUUUCAGCACAAUGAGGAAAAGAAGAUCUUCUGCCGGACAGACCAGCAGUUCAUCUGUUACCUCUGCCACCUGGGCAAACAUAAAGGCCAUGACACAGUGUCUGUAGAGGAAGAGAUGAGACACAGGAGAAAGCAGAUGGAAGCCGAGCGGCACAGAAAAGACCAUGUUAUUCAGGAGAUCGAGAAGGACAUAGUUCUGCUCCAACAAAAGCUACAAGACCUGGACAAGACAGCUGAUCAACUGGUGAGAGAAAAUGAGAAAAUGGCAAUGCUCUUUAAAGACAUGAGUUUAAAGUUGACAGACAAAAUAAGACAACAACAAAUCUCUGAGAGCCUUAAGCUCAAGGAAUUAUUGAGGGAGAAAGAUGUCCAGAAGAAGAGGCUGGAAAGCAGCAAUCAGCAGCUUUUGCAUAAAGACAGUUACGAACAGUUUCUGGACAAUUGUCCCACCUCUUCUGAAUGUGGUGAGUUGUCUGACAGAAUCAGCCUGCCAACUUUACAUGACUUUCAAAAUGUAACAAAACGUCUAUUACAAGAAAUACAUAAAUUUAAAGACACUUGCACUCAAUUAUUCACCAAAGAAGGUUCUUGGGAACCCACCCACCCAAAGAUGGGACCAAAGAUGCUUCUUGGGAACCCACAAUGUCCAAAAACAAAUGAGGAAUUCUGUAAUUAUUCAGUUCCACUUAUGUUAGAUCCAAACACAGCCAAUGAGCACCUGACACUGUCUGAAAACAAAACAAGAGUCACCUACGUAAAAGAGGCACAGCCAUACUUCCCUUUUAUGGACCGAUUCCUGAGCAAAGCUCAAGUUCUGACCACUGAUCCUCUUCCUGACCGCUGCUACUGGGAGGUGGAAUGGAGUGGACUGGGGGUUUCUGUUGGAGUGGCGUACAAUGAUAUUAAAAGAGAAGGACCAGACAGUUUGUUUGGGAACGAUGACAAGUCUUGGGUGCUUGAAUGUUCUACCAAAAAGGGCUACGUCUACAAAAACAGAGGAGACAUAACAUUCCUGUCGCCCUGUGAGUCCAACAGAGUGGGAGUGUUCCUGGAUCACAAAGCAGGCACUCUGUGUUUUUACCAAGUCUCUCAGACCAAUAAACUCAUCCGUAAAUUUGAGCCAGGAUUCACCCAGCCGCUCUACGCUGGACUGGGGGUUUAUUAUUAUGGGGUAACAGCUAAAAUGUGUGUCAAAGAGAGCAGCAUCAAGACAGAGCCACCAUACACAACUAAAUAUCUUUAACGGACAACCCCCUAUGAAAGGUUUUAUUUAACAAACUUUAUCAGAGUUUCAGAGAUCAUGGAUUAUUGUUGUACAUUAGAAUGUAAACAUUAUCAAAAGUAGAAGAAAGCCAGAGACCUUUACUAGAUUUACAAAACUUCAAGAUUGACGGGAAAAGUGGAUUUCUGCAGCUAAUCAACUGUACAUUAAUUAAGCUAUGAAUUUAUUUUUACAUCAGUAUUGGGGAUUUUUAUUUGCUUUAUUUGAAUGAUUCAACCAUUUGUCUCUGUUAUUUUGCUUAAUGUAAACUGACAUCUUAGAAAUGUGGAUUGUAGAAAAUAAAAUCACAAACUUAAAUUAAA